GUGCAACCUAUAAAAAUGAUAAAUAGAAAUUUAAAACUAUCGAAAUUUGUUCUUUUAAAGGAUAAAAUGUCCAAGUUCACAAUAUUUGUUUCGGGCAGCAUUAAUUUGCCGGCCAGAGCCGUUGUCAAAGAGCUAAAUAAACACGAUGACAAAAUUACAAAGCUACGGCUUGGCUUGUUACCAGGUCAAACUACCUUGGAUCUUGUAAGAGGAUAUACGGAAGUAUUUUAUAUAAAUCCUUCCGAACGUAAUACUAUUAAUGUAGCGUUGGAAGGCGUUGAUGCGGCAUUUGUCUGGGAUUCAGAGCUUGAAGAUAAAAGUCAUUUAAAUGAUUUUAUUGAUAUAGCCGUGGAAAAGGGAGUCAAACAACUUGUCGUACUUAGUGCUUAUAAUACAAACCCUCUAGCAGCUGAAGAUAUUGAGAAAUAUAUCAUUUCAAAACAAAUUCCUUCUUAUACAUUCCUCCGUGUUCCUUUUUUUACUCAUCAUCUUAACCUCUAUACCGAUUCAAUUAUUAAAGAAAAAGUUUUGCCUUUGCCAAUUGGAUUUGAAGGGACUUUUUCACCUUUAGAUGAUCGUGAUUUUGGUGAAGUGGUUGCAACUAUCUUAUUAGCUGGUGUAACCGAAAAUCCUUACAAUAAAAUGAUCUAUACUCUUACCGGACCAAAGUUAUAUAGUGGACCACAACUAGCUGAAAAAUUAUCAAUAAUAAUGAAUGACCAAAUUGAUUUUCGAGGUACUUCACAAAAUGAGGCUGAAGCUUUUUUGAUACAAGCGAUUCCAUCCGAGUUUCGUAACAAAAAUCAAUUAGUAAAGCAUUAUCUUGAAUUUUAUCGUUUAAUUCGUGAUGGAGAAAUUGGGAUGACAACAGAUGAUGUAAAGAAAAUAAUGGGAGAUGAAAAGUCACCAAGAGAUAUUGAGGGUUAUUUUGGAGAAGUAUUGUUGCAAACUAUCUCUAUCUAACAUUGGUAUUUAAUUUAAUGAGGUGCUACGUGUAAUUUUAUUUUGCAAUUAUUCUAUCCUUCACAUUUAUUUUUCUUCAUUGUAAUCAAUUUUUUAAAAUCUUUAUCAUCAGCAUUUUCUAUUGUUGUGUCUUUGACAUUAUUUUCUUUUUUUAUUUGAUUAGCCAUUUAAAAUAGUAUUCCCUUCUAAAAAGUUUUAAUUUUAUAAUAAAUAUAUGCCAAUUAUUAAUUAAGUUAAUAUAAUUUAAUAUAUAUUAUAAAAAUAACAUUUCAGAUAAAUUUAAUUAGCAAAAUAAUACUUUACUCUUAUAAUAUUUGUUAUAUAUUGC